UAGAUUUAAAUGUAGACAAUUAACCCCCAGUGUGUAAUGUUUAUGAUAUUUAAGGACCGGUCGUGUAUAGACGUCCCUAAGUCCUCUGACAUGGUGCAGAGCUUCAGCUGUGAACAUCCAGUCACCCUCACGUACCAUCUGCAUCACGUGAGACUCAUCAUGAAGGCACUCGCUAUAUCCACCAAGGUCGUACUACGAUGCAGUGCGAAUGGACUCCUCUUACUUCAACUGAAACUAGAAAAAGAAGACCAGAAACAGAUGUUCUCAGAAUUUUAUAUCGUACCUCUAUUAGAUGACUGAUUACCAGUUGUAAUAUUGUUGUUAAUUCUAAAAAUUAAAUAAAAAUAUUUUCAUACAAAAUAUAAUUUUUAUUUCCAUUCCAAAAU